ACGGUGCGUUUUGAAACAAACCGAACCGACUGCUUCGAGGAGGAAAGUCUCUCAGGGAAGAUGUCAUGGCAUCAACACUCUGUUUCAGUCCACAGCAACCCAUCUCUCACAAUCUCUUGGAACAAGAAAGCUUUCAAUCUUAGAGCAUCUCUUUUCGAUCAUCCUCUUGCAAGCAGGAUCAUGGUUUCAAAUUUAUCAUAUGCUACCAGCAAAAGUAGUCUGCAGAAGGAGUUCUCAAAAUUCGGCCAGAUAGUUGAAGUCGACGUUGUCAAAGACAAAGCCGCAAGGAGGCCAAGAGGCUACGCAUUCAUCCAAUAUACCUCUCAAGAUCAUGCCAUGCUUGCCCUAGAAAAUAUGGAUCACAAGUAUUUGGAUGGCAGGGUGGUCUGUGUGGAACUCGCAAAACCUGGGAAAAAUGAUUUUGGUAGAUACCCUAGAACCUGCGGACCACCCAGCAAGAAGGAAGACGAGACGAGAGAGUGACUGGGUAUGCAGCAAAGAUACUUCCAUUUCCAGUGGAUUCCUUCAUCCUCAUCAAAGAGAGAAGCUUGGCGUGUAAAUACCAGUACUACUACAUUCCUACCUGCAACGUGCUGAGCUGAAAGGAUUCCUCCAAACCAAAUCAAUUUUUUGCAUGCCCAUGUUUCAAAUUGUUCAAAUUCUAAGCUUGAGGCACAGCCCGUCACCACUUCUUUAGGAUCAAAGGCUUGAUCUUCUUA